ACUCCGCGACCCUCAAGGGUUGUUGUUUCUUUCCCCCCUUGCGCUAUUUGUUUUGCACUCCCGGUGCGCACAAGGACUUCUAAAUGAUCCAACGCGGUCCUCCAAGAGGGGGCUCUCGGGUCUUGGACCGUCUUUUCUUUUCGGUCGGGGGGCGGUUGAGAUCCGCUACAGCAGAGAGGACGCUGGAUCCCGAGGGCAGCUUGUGGCACUGAAAUCCCCGCGAUGGAGUGAUCCCCCGCUGCAGGAACUUUGCCGAACUUGUUGAGAACUUUUUCCUUCUGCGUCUAUUUUUGUUUUGUUUUGUUGUGUGCACUCCAUGAGGAGUUUCUAUUUGAUCCCCAUCACCACCCACCGGCCCGAUCAUGUAUGGAUAGCGGGAGGUUUCUCGCUCAGGAAUCCGGCUCAAAUGGAUCAUUGCUGACGGGUUUUAUGGAGCCGGGAAUACACCGCGCAGUGGCAGCCUGUUGAACGCCCCCCCCCCCCACACACACACACACACAGACACACACCAUCGGCCCCGGAAUAAAAAGCGACGAAGAAAGUUAUUAUUUGUUGUUGUUGUUGUCACACAUGACACUGUGGUGAGUUGCGCCCGUUUCUCCUCACCGCAGCCAGAAUAAUGGCGAGCUCCGGCGCAGCGGUACGCGCCGCGCUGCUGCCCCUCGGCUGCGCGCUGCUGCUCCUCGGCUGCCUCGCCGCGGCCUCGCCGCCCCACGGCCGGCGGCUGAUCUGCUGGCAAGCCAUCAUGAACUGCCAGGCUGAGCCCGAGUGCAACUACGCGUACGAGCACUACGCGCGCGCGUGCGGCCCCGUGCUCAACGGCGAGCGGAGGAAGUGCCCGAGUCACUGCAUCUCGUCGCUCGUGCAGCUCAACCUGACAAGGAACGGGCCGGCGCUGGAGGACUGCAGCUGCGCCCACGACCCGGUGUGCACGGGCACCAAGCGGGCCAUCGAGCCCUGCCUGCCGCGGACCACCAGCACCGGCUGCACGGAGGCCCGGCGGCAGUGCGAGCGCGACGGCCCGUGCAACUCAGCAAUGCACGACUACCUGAAGCACUGCGGGAAGCUGUUCAGCGGCGCGAUCUGCACCAACGCCUGCCGCGGCGUGAUCGCGAACAUGCGUAAGAUCCCCAAAGGCCAGCAGCUGGACGCGUGCAUGUGCGACGGCACGGAGCGGGCCAUCUGCGAGUUCGUGAAGAGCAGCAUGAAGGCGCUGUGCUUCGACUCGCCCGCGCGGGGCCACGAGGAGGAGGAAGGGGGCAGCGGGCACUGCGACGAGGACCUGGAGGAUCUGGAGGACCCGGAGGACCUGGAGGAGCCAGAGAGCGGAGCCUCUCCUCCAGCGACCCGCUGCCCUUUGACCCUGCUGGCAUCCAUGUUUGCUCUAUUUGCUGUCAUUUAAUCCGCCGUCUCUUUUUUUAUUCUGGUCCGGAUAAAGACAAAAACUGUUGUCACUCUUUGACCACGCUGCGAGUGUUGGAAGAUCGAGACCCU